CAGCUAACCAUGCGCGAAGCAAUCGAAGCCGAGUACAUCAUUUUUGAACCCUGCGCCACAGAACCGGCAACGAAGGAAGGAGGGCUUCGGCCGCGAACGAUACAGAUCACCAAGCGACCCGGUCAAUCGGAUCGCGUUGAGAUCUCUUCGUCAUCCGGAAAGCCGGAUGAGUCGGUACUGGUGGAAGUGAAGGGCAUUCCAACGCCGGAACUAAUAAGCCCGGAACCGCUACAGCUAGCACCGGGCAUCAUCUACGAUCCGGCCACGGCGCUAGUGAUAUUCGCCGAAACGGGACGCUCGGAAAGCGUCGUGAAUGCGGUUGCGAGCGGGAAGGUUGAUCCGGCACUGGUACAGUUGGUCGAUCCCACGGAUCCUGGCCGACGGAUACCGAUCUCGGAAGCCCUAGAGCGUGGCCUUAUCGAUGGGCAGACGGGUGCAAUCAAGACGCCCAGCGGGCCGAUUAGUAUGAUUGAAGCCAUCCAGAAGGGCAUACUUUUGGUGGCCGGUGCGCCCUUAGUGGCCGCUGCCGGAGCGCUAGAUUCGUUGAAGCUCAUCACCGAUCCGACGACCGGGGAGCAGAUUCCGAUCGAGCUGGCUUACGAGCGAGGACUGAUAACGCACAGCCAGCUACCGAGCCCCGAACGGGCUGCUCUGCUCCGUAAGGCACUGUCCAUCGAGAGCCGUCGAUCGUCGGAGGGUAUAACGGUGGCAGUGACAAAGGACUCACAGGAAUACCUUCGAUCAAGCCCCGUUCGGUUACAGAAGAUGCGAAAGUGUGUCCUGCGACCAAGGGAUGCAGCCGAGCAAGGCAUUCUCGAUGAGGCCAGCGCGGAAAUCCUUGAAGAUCCGGCCCUGUUCGCCGGUAGCGCAACGACGCUUGCGGAUGUGUUGAGUAGCGGAAAACUAGAUGGUGCGAGUGGUCGUAUCAUCGAUCCACAGCGUGGCCAUGUGUUGAAUGUGCGGCAGGCAGCUGAGCGCGGAAUACUGGAUCUGCAGGGCACGAACAAGGUGUUUGUGCCGAUCGCUCGCUGCUUGAGCUUACCGGCCCUCGAAACGCAGGGCUUGCUGAGCACGAACGAUUCGAAGAUCUACCAUCCGGAAACCGGAGACCUUUUGACGCUGCGAGAAGCUUUGCUGUGCGAAAUUGUCGACCCGUUGGCGGCGGUGAUCGUAGACGACCGUACGCUUUCGCUCGAGCAAGCCAUCGUUGAGGGUUUGGUGAAUGAGGAUCGCUGUACGAUCGGCGAACAGCUAAAGCUGGCCGAUGCGAUCGAUCGUGGCCUUUGUCUACCGUCCAACUAUGAAUCGAAGAUACCACCGAUCGGUAUGUCACUGCCGGUGAUCGUCGAACGGGGGCUGCUAGACACGACCGACGGUGUAGGUCGUGUUACGCAUCCGAUCUCGCGCGUUCCGAUGGCGUUAGAGGAUGCUCUGCGGACGGAUUUUAUCAUGGCCACACCCUACACUCCGAAUGUGGACGGUGUUGGGUUGGUGGAUGCGAUCAAGCGAGGUCUGAUCGAUACCCAAGGUCAUUCGUUUAAGACUCUCGAUGAGCAGACGGUGGUUCCCUUGCGAGAAGCCAUCGAGACGGGCCGGCUGGUGGUGAAGCCACUGCCCGCGCUGAUCCAGAACCUGCAGGCGAACCGGGCCGUCACUUCGGUGAAGGAAACGGUCACGUCCUUCCACACAAUCAAGACGAAAACGGUCGAAAUACAGUCCGGCUAUGCGCUGAUAUCGGCAACCGAGGUGCAGAACCUGGAGAGCGGUAAAAUCAUGUCGGUGGAAGAAGCCCGAAGGGAGGGUAUCAUCUCGGAGCCGGAACAGACCGAACAGCGGCUUGCGGAGGGUGAGAUCAGCAUCGGAUUCAAUGAUGCGUUGCAGCGUGGACUGCUCGAUGUUACCAAGGGUACGUUUACACAUCCGGCCAGCGGUGAAGUGAUGUCGAUAUCGAUCGCCGUUGACCGGGGCUUCAUCCGUGGUUCGCAGUCGUCCAGCGAAGAAACGCUAAACCGUUCGCCCGAAAUGCCACACAAGGUGGUAGCGGCCGGUGAAGUGCUGGGUGAAGCGGUGCUGAGUGCCGAUACUCCUCCGACGGUUUCACCGAAACGAGCGAUCAAUGAAUCGCAGGCUGGCCCAGGACCGGUAGCGGCGACGAGUGGCGGUAGUGGCAGCAACAUUGGAUCGAACAUUAAGGAUGCCGCUAAACUGGGACUGAUGGCUGUUGUGGGAGCACCGGUACUAGGUGGCAUGGCCAUCGCCGGGGCAAUGAAGAAGGUGUUUGAGAAGAAGGAUCAACCAGCUGCAGAGAAGGGUAGUACGGCCGACUUUGAGGUUGUCGGUGCCGUGGAAGCACCUACCGUUCCAUUUGUGAAUUUGUUAGAUGAUCAAGAGCUAGAGGCCACUGAUGCCGUUAACAUCAGUGAUCAAAGAAGUAGAGAUCAGAAGGAGAUCAGGAAGGAGUCGGAUGUGCAGUUACCUACAGCACCUGAGGUUCAGUUAAAAGAAAUUUCUGGAGUUCCUGCAGUUGCAGCAGUGGAAGCAGUAGAUCCCCAACUGGUAACAGCAUCUAAGUCGAACAAUGAAGAGCUUACUCUGCCUCCAUCUUCUCAAUUACCUCAAACAAUCGAGCGAACGAAGGAUGAAGUACCUGAGGAUCGAUCGUCUGAAGCUUCUGCUAGUGUUGUACCUCCUAUGGAAUCAAAAGAUCAUCAAAAGGUAGCAACUUCUAGUAAGGAAAGUGAUGAACUUAUUACGUCAUCAACUCCUCAGUUACCUCAAACCAUCGAUGGACCGAAAAAGGAAGAUGGUCCCGAAGAGGCUGCUGCCAGUAAGUCUCCGGGAUCCUUAGAACAGUUCCUUGAUUCGGAAAGAAGAUCUCAUUCCCCUGCGCCUGCUAGUAAGCUUGAAGACAUUUCGGCGGGUGUUAAAGAGACCGAGGGUCGCAUCGCAGAACCAAAUGUCAGUCAAUCAUCUGCUCAGAAAGUAUCUUCCGGACAAGCUGGUCCAACUCAACAGGAAGCUAUUCCUACAGCUGAGAUAGCGUCACAACAAGAUAGAUCUGUGGUUAAACCAUCGCCAGUUGAUCCAGCAUCGUCUCUUCCUACCGAGAACUCCAGCUCGAUUAACACGGAUGCAGACAAACCUGUUGCUCCGGUAGCUGCGCAAGAUGCUCAGCAACCUCUAUCAAUUGCUGCGAGUAGCACAAGCAAUCAAGACCAACGUAGCGCACCAGUGAAACCUGACGCCGCUACGGUUGCAGGUGAGGCUGGCAAGAAGAUUUUGGAUGUGGCCAAGCUCGGACUUAUGGCUGUGGUCGGUGCACCGAUACUGGCCGGUAAGGCCGUAGUCGAUGCACUGAAGAGUGAAGAUCAACCAGCGGACAGUGCGGGUAGACACGUGACCUUCCUGGAGCGUACACCCGAGCACCAGGCAGAUCGUACAACCCAGCGCAUGACACUGGGUGAAGCGAUCUCUCAGGGCAAGAUCGAUCCCAAGCACUGCCGCAUCCUGGUGGACGAUAAGCAGAUGCCUUACACGGUGGAGGAGGGUUUGGACAAUCGCAACGUACGCAUCCACGAUGUAGUGGACGUACUAUCGCCAAUCUUGAUCUCCUUCGUCGAAGGAGAAGAGGAGGACGAUCCGACCGGAACGACAUCCUCCUCGGCGCUGCUACUUGAUCCCUCUCUAACGGAAGAUCGUUUGGCGGAACUCGGACUGUUUGAUCCCGAGAAAGGUUGCUUCCUAGAUCCGGUCACCGGUGACCGUGUAUCGUUCCGGGACCUUCUCUUUGACCCAGACCGUACACCCAUCGAUCCAAACACCGUGUUCGUUAAGGAUCUUGGUCGCAAUCGGUUCGAGCGGUUAGAUGUGGCACUGCAGAAGCACCUAAUCGAUAAGCACACCGGUCACAUGCUGCACAACAAGACGGGCAAGAAGGUGCAGUUCGUGGAGUGUUGCCGUCGUGGUUGGAUUGUGCAGCGACCGGAAGAUGACGCGAAUAUCGGUGACGCUGGCGAAGAUCUGUCACCGGCACGGGAUGAGAAGACGGUGGCCACUGCCGGUCAGAUAAAUCCACAAACCGGUGAAUAUGUCCAGAAUGGGGAGAGUAUUCCGAUUGCGGAAGCCUUGCGCGCCGGGUUGAUCGAUAGUGAGUCGCUCUCGGUACGGGAUCCAUCUGAUGGUCAGAUUAUGCCACUGGCCGUAGCCAUCGAGCGUGGUAUCAUCGAUCUGCGGAUCGGUGUGCUGCUGAACCGGGACACGCAGGAAGAGAUCGGUCUGAACGAGGCGUACCUUCGGGGUUACCUGUUGGAUGGGAAGCGGAAACCGAUUUCGCUAGAGGCGGCCGUCCGGAAGGGUCUGUACAAUCCCGAGUCCGGCUUGAUCCUCGACACCAUCACGGAGGAGAUGGUCGAUGUGCAGCAGUCGGUCGAUAAGGGUAUCGUUGACGCGCGGAUCUCGAAUGUGAAGGACACCCUGGAGAACACGCUGGUACCGCUACAGGACGCUCUGGAUAAGAAGCUACUGGAUGCUGGUUCGGGACGGUUGAAAGAUACGGCCCGUGACCAGCUGCUACCGUUGAAUGUGGCGGUCGAACAGCAGCUGAUGGAUACGCGGCACGUCACGCACAGUCUGCUGGAUGUGCUGAGCCGGGAGCUGUACAAUCCGACCACGGGGAAGAUCCUAGAUCCAGCCCGGGGUGAAGAGUGCAACCUGAGGGAAGCGAUCGAUGGACGGCAGGUCGAGAUCGAUAGUGUGCUGAUCCGGGAUGAGCAGCGCGAAAGUGUCGUCCGGUGUAGUGAGGCGAUUGCGAGCGGCCUCGUGGACGAUGUGCGCGGUGUAUUGACCCGACCUGAGCUGACACUUGACCGCGCCUACCAGAAGGGGUACGUGCUGAGCAACAAGAAACCGAUCUCGCUGGCCGAUGCGCUGGUCCGUGGGUUCUACGAUCCAUCGACCGGUAAAUUGCUCCUGGAAGGUGGUCCUUCUGAGGCGCUCUCGUU